AUGGCCGGCCCGGUCCCCGCCAGCGCCAACCGAGGAGACGCCAGGCCUCCGAAAGAGCCGUCGGCCAUUUACAAGCUGGUCAUGACCCCGCUCAUCCUGGUCUCCUUCCUUGUUUCACUCGCUCUCGUCGACCUCCGCUACUCGGCCCUGCGCGCCCACUACCAUGCCGACACCGACCAGGCCAGCCGUCUCCCUCGGUGGCUGCACCGGAUCGUGGACCGCUACCGGCCAUACCGGUACGUCACGGUCGACGAGCGGGGGCGGCCGGUCGGCGAGGGCCGGCCUCGGAGCCCCGGGAGUCCGGGCCGCGAGGCGGAGGAUUACUAUCAUAGCAAGCAGAGGAAGCUGAUGAAGAUGGAGGCUGCCGAGGCGUUUGAGAUCCGGGGUAGUGUGUUGGUGGCGUUGGCCCUGCUGAGUCUGGGUGUGUCUUGGGCCGCUUGGAGGCUGGCGGCCUGGAGUUUUGGGAUUGUGAUGGCGUGGCUUUCGUGA